AGGUUGGGUCACAUUCUCCCAGGAGGCUGCCAGGAAGUGCCUGCCUGUUUCGUGCACACCUAAGUUCUCGCAGAGGCAGAAGCAAACCUGGAGGGCUGUAGGUUUCAGAUUGCCCUGCUCCCCUGGAGGUGAGGCAGGGCCUUUCUGCACUAUGAGAAUCUUCCUCUCCCUUUUCUGCCUCUCUAUGCUACCCCUGAUACACGGUCCAGUUGCGGACGACUCUGGGGUUGCGGCGCUUAUCUCGCUCUAUAGGCUGAGGGAGCCGGCAUUUGUCCACAGACAGCUUCCGGGUCAGAUGGCCAGCAUGACUAAGCCGCUUCUGGUGAAUCAGAGCAGUGCACGGAAACACCGUUUACCUUCCCGCCGGAGCGGUGUCCUGAAACAUGAAACUCAAAGCGGAGCUGUGGAAAAUGGCACUCAGACAGUGUGUGGCCGGAUUAUGCCCCAAAACCGUAUUGUGGGGGGAAGAGAUGCUUCUCGUGGGGCUUGGCCGUGGCAAAUCAGCCUCCAAUAUAAUGGCCAGCAUGCCUGUGGAGGGACCCUCAUCAGUGCUGACUGGGUGUUGACAGCAGCCCACUGCUUCCCCAAGACAUCAAAACUAUCUAACUACCAAGCAAACUUGGGGAACUACCAGCUCUUGAACCCAGAACCCAAUGCUAAGUGGUUGAAACUCUCGCAAGUGUUCGUGAACAAGCAGUAUGCUGGAGAUGGGACCAGUGGAGAUAUAGCUCUGGUUCAGUUAGAACAUCCCGUACGCUUCACCCAAAGCAUCCUCCCAGCCUGUCUCCCAGAUGCCAAGGUCCAGAUCCCAAAUGGCACUCUUUGUUGGGUGACGGGAUGGGGAGCUCCACAAUAUGGAGCUACCCUCCGGGCUCCCAAGACGCUGCAACAGCUCCAGCUGCCCUUGAUAGACACAGGACCCUGUGAUGCCAUGUACCACAUUGGCACUGGUAUCCCCCCAAGUAUCCGACAGAUCCAGGAUGACAUGAUCUGCGCUGGCUUCGUCAAAGGAGAGAAAGAUGCAUGUUUGGGUGACUCCGGAGGUCCCUUGGUCUGUCAAGCGGAUGGUGCUUGGUUUGUGGUGGGCAUUGUGAGCUGGGGUGAAAUGUGUGCCAUCGCCAACCGUCCAGGCGUCUACACCCGUGUUGGCUUCUACGAGGACUGGAUAAAGAGGCACUACGCUGGAGCUAAGUUCGGCCUUGUGAAUGUCACUUACUACCGAGACUCUUCAUCUGCAUUGGCCUCCAGCCUUGUCCUCAAAGAGUUCCUGCUACUGCUCACUGCCUCCUGCCUCACUGCCAUCCUUCUGACAUAGAGGGAUAUGAUUGUGUCCCAAUGUUUCCCUCACUCAAAUGAAGUGUUAUAGAAAACAAACAAACAAAAACCCAGGUUAUUUUCACAAAAAAAAAAUGUGUCUGAAGAUUACUGGUAGCGCAGUAGCUUCUGCUGUUCUAUCAUAUACCUCGGGAAUGUAUCAGGACUGCAGUUCUGAGUGGACGGAUUCUGGAAUGUUCUGGAAAGUUCCAUGUUUUGAUGAAGAGAACAACAAGAGGAACAAUGUCAGACUUUAUGGACUUAUAGAACAUUGGAGGUGUGGGGAGCGAUAUUUUCUGGUGAGGGAGCAGGACUUCUUCACUUGGAACACUGCCCUCUAAGCUCUCCCCCUCCCCGCUGCUUAAAAUAUCCCUUACAUUGGAACAGGGGUUCUUGCAUCCUGCCCUAAAAGGUGCUACUUAUGUGAACUGUUGAAUAUACAUAUGCACAUUUGCACAGUCUAUGCAGAGCACAACAUUUCUUACUUCAUGGAGUAGAAUUUGAAUUCUCCUAUUGAACUCAGCUGUGGCCCAUGCAUUAAAAGGAGGACGUUGUGGGGCUGUAUGAGCAGAACACCUCUCACUGCCACCUCCAUGCUCCCUGAUUUUUGCGUCUUAAUCAAACGUUUUAUUCAUAUAGUGAUAAAAAGACACGCCAUAAAUUUGAAACAAUAGGAUACCACUUUAAACAGUCUACCUCUGUGAGGGGAAUAGGGGUCUCCUAACAAAUCUCAGCACCGUUAACAAACUACAGAUCCCAGGAUUCAUUGGGAGGGGGAAGCCAUGGCUGUUUUAAAGGGUAUCAUACUGCUUAAAAUGUAUGGCGUGAAUGUGGCCAAAGUGAUCCUCUCUGUCAAAAGGGGCCUUGAUUGGGCCAGGGCCUCUCCUCACAUAGAAGAACCAAAUGCACAUGCACCACUACACAAACAGCAUUCCUCCUAUUGUAGUUUGAGCGCAUGGAUGCUAAGGGUGUGUGGUGGUGCUGUGUAGAGUAUGCAGGGCUUGUCAGCACAGCCUUUGAGUCCCCACCACACCUUCCUUUGACACGUGGAGGGAAUCAUGUGAACCCCCAUAAAGUGGUCCUAAUCAGGGGAGUGACUGGAAGGUAGCUUUGUACAAGGGUGUGUGGUGUGGUGAGGGACAGAGAUGACAACCGCCUCAUUUGAUUAGUUUGGCCUCUCUCCCUCCUCCCUACAUUUUCCAGGCCAGGGCAAAGCAGGCCUCAGAGUCCAAAACUCAGCAGCACACCACCUUGCUACCCCCUUCCUUCCUUCCUUCCUUCCUUCCUUCCUUCCUUCCUUCCUUCCUUCCUUCCUUCCUUCCUUCCUUCCUUCCUUCCUUCCUUCCGGAAUUCACUGCUUUGUGGUGUGUGAAGAGUUGGGGAUGGGUGGGGAAGGGUGUCAUUUUAGCAUUUUGCAACUUGUGCCUAAAAGUCGAGGGAGAAACACACCCACCCCUACUUCCUUACAUGGCAUAUUUACAAGAAGGAAUUUAAACAAGAAGGCAAUUACAAAGCCUUCUUUGUAAUUCAGACCAAAGAGGCUAGUCCCCAUGGUGCAUUGAUGCUUCUUGCCACCAGCACCAUAUUGUUCGGCUUUUAGCUGGGCAUUGCUGUGUAGCAUGACCUCUUCUUAUUUGUGGGGAACCAGAAAAUGAUCACCCACUGCUGAUUGACCAAGUGUGUGGAGGGAUUCCUAUUUUGCUCCCACCAUGGUAUGUAUCUUUCAAACCUGUUACCCACUGCCACCUUAUAUCUGUAAUAUGCUGUUUACCAAAACUUUCACUAUUAUCCAGUGGCUGUGGUACUUUAGAUGUGAUCCAAGCAAACAACUUUAUUAUUAUUAAAUACAAAUAACAAGAUGUUCUUUAUUUAUUAUGAACUAUAAAAGUAAACUAUAAAAAUUUGCCUAUAAAAAUAAGGCAAAUACUAUACCUAAAUUGGUUACUGUUUCUCUGAGACUUGUGUUUUCUUUUAUAAGGGUACUACUGUUACAAAUAAAAGGGAUGCAGAUGGCGCUGUGGUCUAAACCACUGUGCCUAGGGCAGGCAUCCCCAAACUUCGGCCCUCCAGAUGUUUUGGACUACAAUUCCCAUCUUCCCCAACCACUGGUCCUGUUAGCAAGGGAUCAUGGGAGUUG